AGGUCCCAUUUUAAGUUUUAGUCAGAAGACAGAUUGCACGCUUGUUAGACCCAAGCCUUCAGUGUCUUCGUUUUGUUUAUGAGGAACUGGUUAAGAUUAGUCGCACUUGUGAGGUAACUGAGUUGCAAAGGUUUCCAGUAUUGAGAAUGCGUUUGGAUGAAGUCAUGGUAAACUUUUUGCGUGACGGUGCACAGCCUGCUGAGAGAAUGAUAGAAAAUCUUAUUGAGAUGGAGGUAGAUUAUACAAACACUUCGCACCCAAAUUUUUUAGGUGGGAACAGAGCUGCUGAGAUUGCUAUGCAUGAGUUGAAAUCACCACAGAUAUCUCUGGGCAUAACGGAUGCUGAAGCCCAAACUUCUCGGGUGGCUCGGGCAAAGAUUGGACAAUUACCAAAUCAGGCUUAG